CCCCUUCCCCUCGCCUCGCCUCGCCUCGCGCUCCGAGGUCUAAGACUCUCCACUCUUCUCCAUCAGGUGGAGCCGUCCGCGCCUCCCGCCCCCCGCCUCGCCCGCGAACUGCGCGCAGGCACCUUGCAGCGCCAGGAGGUUAACCGAGCCCCCGGAGGAGCUUCAGUGAAAGGAGCCCUUCUGUCACUCGUCACUGGCUCCCGCGCCCGCCCGCUCGCGAGCUCGCUGUGGGAGGAGCCCGCCGCCGGAGGAAGCCAAGCCGUGCGCCGGGGCUGCCGAGAGCCACAGAAUGGAUCCGCUCCGAGCGGGGACGUCGCUGACGAGCCCGGCUUCCCGCGGCGGCUAGGAGCCCGGCCACUGGCCCCGGCAGGCUGCGGAGACCCGGAGGCCCCGAGGAGAGCGGCGCCGCGCCGAGGGACCGACGCACGGACAGCCCGAUGGUUGGCGCGAACCUGGGAGGACCGCGGCGGAGGCUGAGCACGGCGAGCCGCCCGGGAGGAGAAACUAACUGCCAACCCAAGUUGCCCCGCCGGCUCUCCCUCACUGCGCUGAGGAAUGAAACCUUUCCAGCUCGAUCUGCUCUUCGUGUGCUUCUUCCUUUUCAGUCAAGAGCUGGGCCUCCAGAAGAGAGGAUGCUGUCUGGUGCUGGGCUACAUGGCCAAAGACAAAUUUCGGAGAAUGAAUGAAGGCCAAGUGUACUCCUUCAGCCAGCAACAGGACCAGGCCGUGGUGUCGGGCCAGCCCGUGACACUGCUGUGUACCAUCCCUGAAUACGAUGGCUUUGUCCUGUGGAUCAAAGACGGCUUGGCUCUGGGAGUGGGCAGGGACCUCUCAAGUUACCCACAGUACCUGGUGGUAGGGAACCACCUGUCAGGAGAGCAUCACCUGAAGAUCCUGCGGGCAGAGCUGCAAGAUGACGCCGUGUACGAAUGCCAGGCCAUCCAAGCCGCCAUAAGGUCUCGCCCCGCACGCCUCACCGUCCUGGUGCCACCUGAUGACCCGGUCAUCCUGGGGGGGCCUGUAAUCAGCCUGCGGGCCGGGGACCCCCUCAACCUCACCUGCCACGCGGACAACGCAAAGCCUGCGGCCUCCAUCAUCUGGUUGCGGAAAGGAGAGGUCAUCAAUGGGGCUACCUACUCCAAGACCCUGCUGCGAGAUGGCAAGCGUGAGAGCAUCGUGAGUACCCUCUUCAUCUCCCCUGGCGAUGUGGAGAAUGGGCAGAGUAUCGUGUGCCGAGCCACCAACAAAGCCAUCCCGGGAGGGAAGGAGACUUCGGUCACCAUCGACAUCCAGCACCCCCCGCUUGUCAACCUGUCGGUGGAACCACAGCCGGUGCUGGAGGACAACGUUGUCACGUUCCAUUGUUCUGCAAAGGCCAACCCAGCUGUCACCCAGUACAGGUGGGCCAAGCGGGGCCAGAUCAUUAAGGAAGCAUCUGGAGAAGUGUAUCGGACCUCAGUGGACUACACGUACUUCUCAGAGCCUGUCUCCUGCGAGGUAACCAACGCCCUGGGCAGCACCAACAUCAGCCGCACGGUGGACGUCUACUUUGGGCCCCGCAUGACCACAGAGCCCCAGUCCCUGCUCGUGGAUCUGGGCUCCGAUGCGGUCUUCAGCUGUGCCUGGACAGGCAACCCCUCCCUGACCAUCGUCUGGAUGAAACGGGGCUCAGGCGUGGUGCUGAGCAAUGAAAAGACCCUGACCCUCAAAACCGUCCGCCAGGAGGAUGCUGGGAAGUAUGUGUGCCGAGCCGUGGUGCCCCGGGUGGGAGCCGGGGAGCGAGAGGUGACCCUGACAGUCAAUGGACCCCCCAUCAUCUCCAGCACCCAGACCCAGCAUGCCCUGCAUGGGGAGAAGGGCCAGAUCAAGUGCUUCAUCCGGAGCACACCGCCACCCGACCGAAUCGCCUGGUCCUGGAAGGAGAACGUGCUGGAGUCGGGGACGUCGGGGCGCUACACGGUGGAGACGGUCAGCACCGAAGAGGGGGUCAUCUCCACACUGACCAUCAGCAACAUCGUGCGGGCCGACUUCCAGACCAUCUACAACUGCACCGCCUGGAACAGCUUCGGCUCCGACACGGAGAUCAUCCGGCUCAAGGAGCAAGGUUCGGAAAUGAAGUCGGGAGCCGGGCUGGAAGCAGAGUCUGUGCCGAUGGCCGUCAUCAUCGGGGUGGCCGUAGGAGCUGGUGUGGCCUUCCUCGUCCUUCUGGCAACCAUUGUGGCCUUCUGCUGUGCCCGCUCCCAGAGAAAUCUCAAAGGGGUUGUGUCGGCCAAGAAUGACAUCCGAGUGGAGAUUGUCCAUAAGGAGCCUGCUUCCGGCCGGGAGGCUGAGGAACACCCCACCAUCAAGCAGCUGAUGAUGGACCGGGGUGAAUUCCAACAAGACUCAGUACUGAAGCAGCUGGAGGUUCUCAAAGAAGAGGAGAAGGAGUUUCAGAACCUGAAGGACCCCACCAAUGGCUACUACAGCGUCAACACCUUCAAAGAGCACCACUCGACCCCCACCAUCUCGCUCAGCAGCUGCCAGCCGGACCUGCGCCCCGCGGGCAAGCAGCGCGUGCCCACGGGCAUGUCCUUCACCAACAUCUACAGCACCCUGAGCGGCCAGGGCCGCCUCUACGACUACGGGCAGAGGUUCGUGCUGGGCAUGGGCAGCUCGUCCAUCGAGCUCUGCGAGCGCGAGUUCCAGAGGGGCUCCCUCAGCGACAGCAGCUCCUUCCUGGACACGCAGUGUGACAGCAGCGUCAGCAGCAGCGGCAAGCAGGACGGCUACGUGCAGUUCGACAAGGCCAGCAAGGCCUCUGCUUCGUCCUCCCACCACUCCCAGUCCUCUUCCCAGAACUCCGACCCCAGCCGACCCCUGCAGCGGCGGAUGCAGACUCACGUCUGAGAAUCCCAAACCGGCGCUGGGGAGGGCUGGGGCGGGCUGGGGAAGGGGCGGGGGGAGCGUGCCACCUUCUGGCUCUCCAGAGACUGUGGGUGCUUUGCAGAGCACCCCAGAACCGGCCGCCUCCAGGACAGCACCCCCACGCCCCGUGCCUCUGCGACCGCCCUCCUCCGAAGCCCCUGAUCAAGCACAAACCCGGGUCCCCAGCUGCAGCGGGGCCAGAGGCGGGCGGGUGGGGACGCGGUCGGAGGAUGCAGCUGAGUGCGCUGUGCUCGGUGCUGGGCCCUCCGGUCUGGCCUUUUCCUGGAGGCCCUCCCCCUACAGGCACUCGAGGCAGCUAGAACUUUGCUUUAAUGAAACUGCCGUCCACUCUCCGGCCUCCCCCUGAGCUCUACCUUGUGCUGCCCACAGCCCUACCCCUGUACCUAUUGCUCCUCCACAACGCUGGGGAGAAGGGGGGUGAAGCGCGUCCCAGCACUGGGCUGCCCCCCUCCACCAGACGCCCCCCACCAGCGCCCCCUGCUGCUCAGAGCCCAGACCCUGGAUGCUGAGAAGCCGGAAAUGGCCCCGGAGCAUCUCUCCUGCCACACUGGCUGUGAGCCCACCCCCAAUUUGUUCGGUGUUUUGUGUCCAUACUCUUGCAGUUCUGUCCUUGGACUUGAGGCCUCUGAACUCUGAGGUGGGACUGGCCCAGUCGGAGACUGAUGUCCUGGGAGGGAGAGGGAGGGGUAGGAGGGAACAUGGGCCUACCUGGGGAACCUCGCCCAACGCUCCUGUCUCCAGGUUGUGCAAUUCAGAGCCUCCCCACCCACCCCUGCUUCCUGUACUGUCCUCUUGCCCUCCAGCACAAUCGGGGUUAAUAUAAGAAGUGUGAGAGCUUCUCUGGGUCCGGGUUCUUCCAACAGUCAUUGCAGGGAGUCUUUCCUGGAGCACGUAGGGCUUAAGGAGACUAGAGGUCAGGUCUUUAAAACCCGCACAUAUUUUGCCUCCGCCAACAAGGAACAAGGAUCUAAGAACAGAUGCAAGGUGGUGUGGUGCACAGGAAAAGGAUGACUUAAAGAUUCGUCUAUUAAUUCCUUCCAGCCUUCCCCACCUUGGAGGUGGGUGGCACAUCUACCACCUAAUUUUCACCACACCUACAUUGCCCCUUACCCCUUGCCCCAGCCACAUACACAUAUACAGUUCUCGUGAAAGGGUGGAGGUGCCCAUUCUUGCCUGGAAUCUCAGGUUAUGACGGCAUAACCAGAAGAACAAGUAAGCAUACUGUUCUCCCAUAGAACAGAAGGAGUUCUGUCCCUCUCGAGCUUCAGGUACUCUGGGUAAGAAUGUGAACUAUCAUGGCAGCAAGCAGAGAGCACAGGGCCUGUGUCAUCAAGACUUGGCCACGCAAGGCCCAACCCCAUGAGCUCUUUCCAAUGCAUGAGUCCCUCAAAGAAUUGCUGAAGGGGUAGGAGGUCACAAGUAAGAACUCGGUGAAAGAGAAGAACGGGGGGGGGGGGGGAAUUAGCAACACCUGGAGGCUUCUGGAAAGUGGCGGCCUUGAGAAGGAGCCUAGACUGCACUCCGUGCCCACCUCAGUUGUCCCCAGCCCUAUUUCCUUCCUGCAGAAGAGUGAGGGGCACAAAAAAGCUGGUAAAGGGAGGGGUUAAAAAAAGGUUUUGAGGCAGAGGGAAGCCCUGGAUUCUCCUGUAGGUGAUUUCAAAUGAACUGAAAUGAGUGCUUUACAGCUGUAAUCUUAUUUAAUCUUCACAAAGGAUCACCAUUUUACAGACCAGGGAAUGCGGCUUCAAGAAGCCCAAGGUCACAGGCUAACAAGUGGCAAAUGUGACAUUAUACACACAUGAUCUCCCCUGUGAAGUAUUUCCAUCCAAAGCACAAACUCAAGGCCGCGGUCAUCCUAGAAUAUGAUGAAAACGGCUGACGGUAAAGGCCACCUGCUAGUUCCCACUCUGGGGCAGGCUCAGCAAGGAGGGACCACAGCUCUGUUAGGAAGGCAGGCGGGACUAGCAUCCUCCACCUCAAGUCCCCAGGCGACCUGGACAGACCGCACUCCCGCCAAACAAAGCCAUCCUGUGUAUCCAGUCACCCCCACCCCACCCAGACCAGUAUCUAGUUUUCUGAUAGCGUUAAAAUUCAUUAUUGGCUCCCAGGCCCUGGAUGGGAGCCCGGUUUCUGAUUCUCAGGCUCGCUAUCAGUCUGGAAAGCCCGGGGUCAUUUCCAGUACCUCUUCAACUUUCAUGGAACAGGAAACACUCUCACAUGAUGAGCUAGAAUACCACAGCAAAUCCGUUUCUGAUGAAGCUGAUUGAACCAAGUGCUCUAAAGUAAUAGGGCCUCAAAGCUGCCCUUGAGCUUCCGGAGUGGAGAGGACCCAGGGAAAAGAAAAUAAACAUGAGGCCGUCCUUGGGAGGCUUCUCGGAACAGCAGAAAAGGAGCCAACGGGAAAUCCAUUUCUCACUGCCUGCAUGGGAGGGACACGGGGUGUAAGGCAUGUGCUGUUAUGGAACUUGAACCGAAAUCCCAAGGUCCACACCCCAGAUUCCAUUAGCUCUGCCCAGGUAUCGUGUGUGCGGUUUAUGAGGGCACCAGAAAAAAAGACCAAGGCGGGCUGGCGGGGGGAAGUCCUGCCAUUAGCUUAUGCUCUAGGAAGUUUCCCUACAAAAUAAACUCUUUAUUAAAUUAGAAGUAUAAGUAAUUUAAAUAAAAACGAUCUUAAUUUGUA